GCCGCUGGGGUCGCAGAUAUCAAACUGCUUCCAUGACUAGAUGAAUGGAAACUCAGUGAUUUUUUUUUUUUUAGCUAAGAGCCGACAAGGGGUUGUACUUGGGCUUCGUUCUUUGGAGCAUACUCUUUGCACAAGUUUUCCUGCUAUUAAAACCUGCCCUGAAGUUUUAAAAAUGAAGCAGUUGAAAAGGAAAAGGAAAAGCAAUUUUAGUGUUCAGGAAACUCAGACCCUUUUGAAAGAAAUUACCAAAAGGAAAGAAGUCAUUUUUUCCAAGCAACUCAACACAACAAUAAAUGUGAUGAAGCGAAUGGCCUGGGAGGAGAUUGCACAGUGUGUAAACGCUGUAGGAGAAGGCGAACAGAGGACGGGAACUGAGGUGAAGAGACGGUACCUCGAUUGGCGUGCACUCAUGAAAAGGAAGAGAAUGAAGGCCAACAUGAAGCUGGUUGGUUCUGGGUUUCCUCUACCCACGUCUGAUUUAGACGACUCUCUCACUGAAGAGAUAGAUGAAAAAAUUGCAUUCCGAAAUGAUGCAAAUUUUGACUGGCAGAAUGUGGCGGAUUUCCGAGAUGCAGGUGGAUCCCUAACAGAGGUCAAAGUGGAAGAGGAAGAAAGGGACCCACAAAGCCCUGAGUUUGAGAUUGAGGAGGAGGAAGAAAUGCUGUCAUCUGUCAUACCAGAUUCCCGGAGGGAAAGUGAGCUCCCUGACUUCCCUCACAUUGAUGAGUUUUUCACCCUCAAUUCCACACCGUCCAGACCCGCAUAUGAUGAGCCUCAUCUGCUCAUGAAUAUAGAGAAACAGAAGCUGGAGCUGGAGAAACGCCGGCUGGAUAUUGAGGCAGAACGGCUGCAGGUGGAGAAGGAGCGUCUCCAAAUAGAGAAGGAGCGCCUGCGCCACCUGGACCUGGAGCACGAGCGCCUGCAGCUGGAGAAGGAGCGGCUGCAGAUCGAGAGAGAGAAGUGGAGGCUGCAGUUGGUUAGCGCUGAGAAACCCGCCCUAGAGAACGAUCUUGGCCAGGGGGAGAAGUCCAUACUACAGCCACAGGACGUAGAAGCGGAGAAGUUGAAACUCGAGCGAGAGCGCCUGCAGCUGGAGAAAGAUCGGCUGCAGUUUUUGAAGUUUGAGUCUGAGAAGCUGCAGAUCGAAAAGGAGCGCUUGCAGGUGGAGAAGGAGAGACUGCGAAUUCAGAAAGAAGGGCAUUUGCCUUGACUGUUCUCCAUCCUCUGCUUAGCAAAGGUUUAUGAACUGUAGCUUUCCUCAUCAGUCCAUGUAAAGGUAGUUGGUGAAUUAGCUACCCCAUCGCCACCCCUGUCUUAUGUUAGUGUUUUUAGUAGGAAAAAAGAUAGUAACACAUAGGUAGCCAUGUGGUUCAAUAGUACAUUGUAUAAACUGUGCCCACCAUAAACAAAUAGCAGAGGAUCUGCUAGACUCUUUCACAUUAGUAAUACUGCAUAGAGUCCUGUCUUAUUUGUGUGCCCGAAGUUUGCAAUAAUGUCUACAGUGAAGGUCCCACCCAGUGAUUCUCAAGUGGAGUUUGGGCUCCCAGAAGACAUUUGGGAUUGUGGGGAGAUGUUUUUUGGUGGUCAAAGUAGAUGGGUGUAGGCUUCUGCUGACAUCAGUAGAGGCUACAGGCUCUGCUAAAUACCAUGUAAUGCCUGGCUCUCCUCUUCACAGGAAAGAAUUACCCAACCCAAAGUAUCACUAGUACCAAGUUUGAGAAACCUAUCCCUGGCCUAACUGUGCACCUAUAACUGUCUUCUAAAGUUUUGGAAUAUUAAAGCUUCAGAUAUUUAUGUGCAUAGAUAUUUAAAUGGCCAAAAGCAUAUUAACUGUAAGACAUUACUGUGUAGUUUAUUGAAUAUAGGGAGUGGUGGAGGUUGUAGGUACUUUAUAUCCAUGGUGUUGUCUAUCAGUAGACUGAGACUUAGAAGCAAUCCUGGGACUAUCUGAGAUUGUAUAAAAUGAAUCACUUUGAAAGGCAGUCCCCCCCUCAAGAAUGAACACGCGAUUUGGAAAGCUUUAGUUCCCCCUUCUUUAAAUCUGUUGUUGUAGUUUGAAUAGAGAACUUGCCAUUUCAAUCAUACACUGAAAUGUUAUAUAAGAGAGUGGCAGAAGCUAGUAAAAAUCAUACCAGUGCCAAAUGGUGACAGUAGUCCAUGAUGGUGACCCAGUAAAUUGUUGAUUGAUUUUUUAUUUUAAAGUGAAGAAUAGUCAUUUGAGACUGAGAGAUGGGGCAAAUGCCCUCUGCAUCAGUAAAAUGGUGUUGAAAUGAUAGAAGUAGCUGUGUGUUAUGGUUAGGGGAAUCAUUUGCUUAACUUAAUAUCUACAAGAAUAUGAAAUGGUAACUUCUUACUUUAGAAUCUGAAGUUCAGAGAAAUCCUGCAGUAAGUAAGUGGCUGAUCUUUAUGCAGUGUCCUGACGGUAGUUUAUGACAGUAAAGUGCUUUCUCUGCACAAUGAGCUGGAAAUGGCUGCACAAGUUCACUUUGUGUUUCCUGUUUUCUAGGAUGAUAGCUUUAAUACAACACUUCUGUUGACACACUACUUUGAUUCUGUAUUUGUUCCUCAUUAAUUUAUAAAUGGCUAGAAAUCAUGUUUGAAUACGGGUAUGUAGAGGGAAAACAUACCUGUAAUUCCUUAUCCUGAUUUUGAAAUAGUGUUAUUUUUUUAUAAUUCUAUUAAAAGCUUCUACCUUAGAAAG